CAGCGGGUGGGAGGGAGCUUCAGAUUCAGAAGAAAACAGGCUAGGGGUUUGGAGGGAACUUCAGUGUUGAGAGGUCAAAGAUGGUUAUCAGUAUAAGGAGACUUUUAUUUCAUGUAUCGGUCAUAUACCUCAUGUUACCUAAACUAAAGUGAAGUUCUGGUUUGUUAAGCUACCCGUGUGAGAGUAUGUUUUCUUUUAUGUACACCAUCUAAUGAUAAAAUUUGUGUUGAAUGUAAACAGCCCUCAGUUGUUCCACUUAGAUCCUCCUCCUAAUCCGUAAGAGUUCAGCCCAGCAGCUAGUGUUUUACUGGCCCCCACCUCAAGCAUAGCUGCACUGACCUGCAGGCAAGAUGAGUUCUUCUGCCAUAGCAACAUUCAGAAAUCCUGAACCUUACUUCUUUGAUGGACCAGUGUGAAGUACUGACUUACUGGCUGUAGAGCAAAACAUCAUAGAAUCUGGAGUUACAAGGAUUUCCUUCUGGAAGAAACCUCAAGAGGCAGUUUCCCUUGAAGAUGAAUGGAAUAGAAACGAUGAAAGAUCCUGAGUCUCCCAGAAUCAUGGAAGAAGAUUGUAUAUUUCUCAUAGGAAAGAAGAGGGAUAAUUAUGUUGAUGUUACUGCAGACUCCUUGGUGGCCCUUUUCACUCUCGAGUGCUGCCGCAAUCCAGCUCUGAAUGUGGUGCUUGUUGAGAGGGAGGAUAACAGUGCCACAGAAUCAAGUGCCAACAAAUAUGAUAACGAUUUAUGGUUUCCUGUGAAUGUUAAAACACUUUCAUUCCCACUCUUUUGUAUUGAUGAAGAUAAAUGUCCAGAUAUGAUAAAAAGCUGCUUGUUACCAGCAGUAUUAACGACAAGUAAACCUUGGUGUGUUGCAGGUUUGUGUGCUUCUCUCAGGUUUAUGUUAAGGAAAACUGUUGAAGUAUUUCCAGGACAUUUUUGUCAAAAGUUUCUUGGUUUUCGUGGAGGGUGUCUGCAAGCUUGUGCAGAAGUUAGUGUUUGGACUAAAUUCUGUGAAAUUGAGAGUAUUAGAGCACUAAAAGAUUUUUCCAAUAUUUACAGUAAGAAUAGCAAAACACUGGUAUUUCCAAAAGAUAUUUUAAGAUUUGAACACCACUUGCAACACCCACCAAUUUUACACAAUGCCCUUAAAAGGAAGCAGUACCUUAUCAAAAAAAAUGUAGCAGAUAAAGUUCAGCAACAGGAACUUUGUGCAAAAAAGUUAUCAGAACUCCCAGAAUUAGAUCAUGAAUUUGCGGAAGGGCUAGAUAUGACUUUAGCCGAUAUCAUGCUCUUUGGAAGUUUUCACAUCUUGCUUUCAGUUUUAAAGAAACAUGUGAUACUUAAUGAUGUGUGUCCACUAGUAGUAAGAUGGUAUGGCCUUAUAUCCUGCAAUGAGUAUGUGAAAAAUGCUUUACCAGUCCUUGGUAAGUUGAUAACCAUGAAUUCUUUUUGUGACAUAGAUAUGAAUACUUUAGAAGUAAUAAUUCCAGUGGUCCCUAAUGAGAGUCUGUACAAGAGUGAUCCAGAGAGAUAUAAGCCACGCUGGCGGUCUUUCACGCACCAGCAUGACAUAGAGAGAAUUUUAAAAGUUUUGGAUGAAGCAGGUGUUAAUCCAGGAUAUGAUAGUCACCCAUCGGAUGAUCUAAAUAUUUCAUGGUCAUCGUAUCCACUUGCAUUUAGUCCCCAAGCCGGACAAAUGCCUGCUAAAAGACUAGAAAGAAAAUGCCAACAACUUGAAAACAUCAUUUCUGCAGUCAGGCAAGUAGCCAGAGAUGGAGAUAUAAUUGUUGAUUUUUGUGCAGGUGGAGGUCAUGUUGGUAUUGUCUUGGCAUAUUGCCUACCAAAUUGCAAGAUUUUAUUUGUUGAAAACAGUGAAGCUUCUUUGAUCCGUGCAUAUGAACGAAUAGAGUGCCUUGGAAUCCAUAAUGUCCAUUUUUUUCAAAGUAAUCUUGACUAUUUCCAAGGUUAUUUCAAUGUUGGUGUAUGUUUACAUGCAUGUGGAGUAGCCACUGAUCUGGUAUUGCAGAAGUGUAUAAAUCAGAAAGCAGCAUUUGUGUGCUGUCCAUGUUGCUAUGGGGGAGUGCAAACUAAUCACAUUUUAGAAUACCCACGAAGCCAAUUAUUCUGCAGCCUUUCUCUUUCUGUAGAAGAUUACUUAAUUCUGGGCCAUGCAGCAGAUCAGACCCAUGAUGAAAGUAAUCCAAAAACUAAACAAGGCCAAAAAUGUAUGCAACUCAUUGACACAGAUAGGUUGGCACUUGCACAAAGUUUUGGAUAUUCUACAAAACUCAUUCUAAUGGAACCAAAAACAUGCUCUCCAAAGAAUCAUCUUCUCAUUGGAAUUCAGAAUAAUUGAUGUGCUUUAAAAGCAUAUUAAUAAAAGUCUCUAAAAAAAUGUGUAUGUA